GCGGGAACCAGGCUGCGCUUUUCCAUCCUCCACGGCUCCAACUUCCAACGAGGAAAGAAGAGCGGCGCGGAGGGACGAUGCUCGUGCCGGAGAGGCGCCUUUAAGCGAAACUCGGGCUCUUUUCCACCCCCGGGCAGGCUACCUCAACUGAAGCAAGGCUGCCGCCACCGCCACCCUGCUCCCCCCCUUCUUCACAGCCGCCAGCCCCGUUCCCCUGCCUCCUGGUUCGGGAGGAACUGAAGUGUCGUUGCACAGGAAGUAGCGGCUGUUGGGAGGACACACGGACACCCACCCACCCCAGAGGCACACACUCGCACAGGCAGAGGCAGCUGGUCCUGCCGCACUCUGGGCACAGGGCUUCAUCCCGGCGCCGCUACCACAGGAUUCCUUCUCGGAGCGGCCUCCGCAGAGCAGAGCAGAGCAGAGGCGGCUGCCCCGGUCGCUGGCGCCGAAGGAAAGUGUGGGCACGGCUGCUUAACUGGGGAAGGACGAAGGGGCUGCAGCCGCGGGAUCGAGGCUCUGGGAGCCGAGCUGGAGAGCAGAAGUUCCGGGGGCGGCGAAGACUGCAGGAUUGUUGUUCUGAGUGAAGGACCUUGCAAACGCUACUAAGGGACUAUCAUGGGCAAACUUGCAUUUCUGAAGACUCAAUUUAUAGUUCACCUCCUGAUUGGAUUUGUCUUUGUUGUGAGUGGCUUCAUCAUUAACUUCAUCCAACUAUGCACACUAAUCCUCUGGCCUAUAAGCAAGCAGUUUUAUCGACGAGUAAACUGUCGCCUUUCCUAUUCAUUGUGGAGCCAAUUAGUAAUGUUGCUGGAAUGGUGGUCUGGAACAGAAUGCACUUUAUUCACAGAGCAGGCCACAAUUGAUAAGUUUGGGAAAGAACACGUCAUCAUUAUUCUCAACCACAACUUUGAAAUAGAUUUUCUGUGUGGCUGGACAAUGACAGAACGGUUUGGUGUAUUAGGGAGUUCAAAAGUUCUUGCAAAGAAAGAACUAUUGUUUGUACCCAUAAUUGGCUGGACAUGGUACUUCUUAGAGAUCGUUUUUUGCAAAAGAAAAUGGGAAGAAGAUAGAGACGCUGUUAUUGAAGGGCUGAAACGUCUAGCCGAUUAUCCCGAGUAUAUGUGGUUUCUGUUAUACUGUGAAGGAACUCGUUUUACAGAAACUAAGCAUCGUAUCAGUAUGGAAGUGGCUGAAUCCAAAGGAUUGCCUAAACUCAAAUAUCACUUGUUGCCCAGAACCAAAGGUUUUACGACUGCUGUCCAGUGUCUCAGGGGAACAGUUUCAGCAGUGUAUGAUGUAACAUUAAACUUCAGAGGAAACAAAAACCCAUCCUUAUUAGGAAUUCUUUAUGGAAAGAAAUAUGAAGCAGAUAUGUGUGUUAGAAGGUUUCCUUUAGAAGAUAUCCCUUUGGAUGAAAAAGAAGCAGCGAAGUGGCUUCAUACACUUUAUCAGGAAAAGGAUGCCUUACAAGAGAAGUAUAAUCAAGAAGGCUUAUUUCCUGGACAACAAUUUAAACCUCCCAGAAGACCAUGGACACUGCUCAACUUUCUCUUCUGGGCUGCUGUUCUUCUCUCUCCUCUUUUCAAAUUUGGGUUUGGAAUUUUUGCAAGUGGAUCCCCUCUUCUGAUUCUUGCAUUCCUCUGCUUUGUUGGGGCAGUGUCCUUUGGAGGCCGCAGACUGAUAGGAGUAACGGAAAUAGAAAAGGGCUCCAGCUAUGGCAACCAAGAAUUCAAGAAAAAGAAAUAAUUUUACAGAUGCAUUUUGACUAUAAAAGACAGUGAUAUCAAAUUAACUUCAUUGGAAAGAAAGACACUUAGAAAACUUAACUUCUUUUCUUAUUAACUGCUAACUAACAAUACUUGAGCCAAGACUGAAGAAUUUGGAAGAUUCAAGAGACAUGGAAAAAGUUGACUACUUACCCGACCAAGGAUCCUUGUAUUUGUAGUUUUUGAGAGAAAUUUGGGCUAACCUCAUGGGGUUUUUUUGUUUUGUAGCAGAUAGGAAGAUGAAUUAAGAGAGGGAAUUCAAGCAUCUUCAGAUAACUUUAUCUUUUAAGAGUGUCACAUUUGCUUUGCAAGAGAAAUUAUGGAAUGUUUCUUCUUGCUACAGCAAAUCAUAGUGUCUAGUUUAUUUACAAAUGUUUCUUGUGGAAGAUUUCA